AAUCGAACGUAGAACAAAUUUGUUAAGUGUGAAAUUUUUGAUCAAUAAUUUUGAGAAAACUGCACAAUGUUGGUCUGUAGAAGCAAGGGUCUGCUGCAGCGCUUACUCAGUCCAGGGAGCAACACCAGCAGCCGGGACUACAAGGUGGCUGUGGUGGGUGCCAGCGGUGGCAUUGGUCAACCUUUGAGCCUGCUCCUCAAGCAGAACUCUCUCGUGUCCGAGCUGUCCAUCCAUGACAUGCGCAACAUCAAGGGCGUUGAGGCGGAUUUGUCGCACAUCUGCACCUCGGUGCAGACGAAUGCGUACGAGGAUCAGCAGCUUGAGGACUGCCUGGCUGCUGCUGAUGUGGUGGUGGUGCCCGCGGGACUGCCACGCAAGCCGGGCAUGACCCGCGAUCAGCUGUUCGAGGCGAAUGCGGGGGUGGCGCUGCGCGUUGCCUGCGCCGUCAGCGAGUCCUGUCCUGGGGCACUGCUGGCCUUUGUCACCAAUCCAAUCAACUCGAUUGUGCCCAUUGCCGCGGAGCUGCUGAAGUCCAAGAACUCAUACGAUCCGCGGCGUUUGUUCGGCAUCACCACGCUGGAUGUGGUGCGCGCCAGAACCUUCGUCGGGGACUUUCUCAAUGUGAAUCCGGCAAAGGUGGAUCUGCCUGUGAUUGGCGGCCAUGCGGGGAAAACCAUACUGCCCAUAUUCUCCCAGUGCUGUCCGAGUUUCCAGUGCCAGUUGGAGGACAUAAGACGGCUCACGCAUCGCAUCCAGGAGGCAGGCACCGAGGUGGUCAACGCCAAGGACGGUGCCGGCUCCGCCACUCUAUCCAUGGCCUAUGCGGCGGCACGCUUUGUCAACUCUCUGCUGCGUGGCCUCAGCGGCGAACCGGAUGUGAUGGAGUGCGCCUACGUGGGCUACAAGUCACCUUGCCUGCCCUUUUUCGCCACGCCCCUCAUGCUGAGUGCCAAGGGCAUCGAGCAGAACCUGGGACUGCCGCAUUUGGAUGACUUUGAGCGGGAGUCCCUCGAGCAAAUGCUGCCCGAGCUGGAGCAGAGCAUACAGAAGGGGGUUGUCUAUGCCAAGGAGAAGAUGGAGAAGGAAGAGUGCCAAAAGUAAACCCACACAUACACAGACAUUCUCACCACUCACCCCCCAAGUGCAGCUCAUUCAUUGCAUUCCUCGGACGUUCGUCGGAACGAGCGAUCGAGCGAUCGACCGAUCGACAUAUUUACAUACACGAGAGC